AUGGCCAAGGCUCCCCGUGGGGUCCCAAGCGCACUGCCCUGCACCCCACAGAUGGCUUCUCCUGUUUCCCCUGCAGUCAGCAUUCUCCCUGAAGGGCAAGUGGAGCCUGACCUCGUCCUAGAGGAGGUUGACCCUCACUGGAAGGAUGCCCACCGGGACAUCAGCACCAGCCCAGCGUGUGUGGUGGUGGUUUCAGUGUAUGAAGAAGAGAUCGAGGCUGUGGAGGAGAGGCCCAGGGAGCUGUUUCAGAUUCGAGAAGAGAAAGAAGAUGAGGAGGAAGAUGGAAAUGAGGAAGAGGAGAAGAAGGAAGAGGAGAGAGAGGAAGAGGAGAAGGAGGAGAAGGUCAUGGAGGAGGAGCAGCCAGAUGUCCUCCUGCUGGGUAGCUGCUGGGUGGCACAGGCAGACCAGGACGGAGUAGACGAGCCAGAAGAGCGGAGCAUCUGGAACCAGGAGCUGCAGGGGACGGCUGCUGACAGCUCCGCAGUCCCCAAGGGGCCACCUCUGCAAGAGCCUCUGCCCCAGCACCAUGGCUCAACCAGCCCGGGACGUGGAGCUGAAUCGUCUGGUCCAAGACCAGCCACAUGACCAGGUGGCACCCGGGUCCGGCCCCCCAAACCUGGUGGAGAACCUCCCUAACGUGCCCAGCUACCGCCCCGCAAUCACCCGCAUCCCUGUCCUCGUCUCCCGGAGAACCGCCUUGUCCAACUCCAGCUUCGCCAGGGAGGCCAGGAGCUCCAUCCGUCGCCUAGUACCUGCCACGAAAGAGCACCCAGAAGUUCAGGUGGAAGAUACUGAUGCUGACAGCCACCCCCUUAUCGUGGAGGAGAGUCCACCUUCACCAGAGCUGCUGCCACCUUCACCUGCCAAAUCUGACACCCUCACAGUCCCAGG